GGUAGUAACGGCAGAAGUCACACAGCAUGGACGGUGCUCGUCAGUUAAAGUCACUUCAGACCCAACGAAUGUGAUGAAUGUGUGAAAGGCAGUGCCGUCAACGCGAGGAGACGUUUUUAGAAAGAUACACGCGCACUAUUAAUACACACAACAAGGUUGACCAGAGAAACAUUUACGGUAAUGUAGCAGUAAGCUAACAGCUCGCUAACUUGAAAACUGCUUCCGAACAACCUGCUGCCGCCAAAGCACCAGAAAGCUGUGAGCUGGUGUCAGCUCUGUAAGGUAAGAACGAGACGUUGGUGUUUGUAACGGCUGACAGGUCCAUAGGUUGUAAAGUGGGCAAGUUUCGACAUUCCUGGCGGUUGGACCAGGCAGAGACGGAGGAAGCGCGGUAUUUAUUUUAUAGAUGCAUAUCUAAUUUUGGACAAACCUGUAUGUAUUUUUUACCAUACAUGUCAUUGUAGUUAUGCAAUGAAAGUAUUCACAGAACUAAUCUGAAAACAAUAAUAUUCUUCAUGCCAAGGAAAAUGGUGAAAUACGGGAUACAAAGCUGUUAAAAGAUGUUUGUCUCCUGACAUAACAAGAACACCAGGAGGUAGACAAACACCUCAUAAUGCAAUGCAGUCUCCUGGAGCUACACGCAAGAAGACACGGCUGUAUAUAUAUUUAUUAAUGUGUUUAAAAAUAUACACUGUUUAUCCUCAAGGGCGACCUUUUCAUGGCUGUGAGUGGUAUUUUAGAUCAUAGAUGAGUUGGAAACUUCCUGCAGCCAAGCCUGAGGCACACCUAGUUAACAGGUUUAGAAGUAAGGAAGAAGGAAACAAUACAAUGGUAUGCAUGUGGAAGGAGGCUGGUUCAGGACAGUGGUUGAAGCCGGAUCAAGUUUAUCUUUAGUGAAGUAUUACAACUUUCCAAUGGGGAACUGUAACAUUAAAUGGAAUAAUGUACUGAAAAAGUAAAUAAAAAUAGGAUAAUCCGUUAUUUAUAUAUGAGCUAUAUCACUAUUGUUCUCACCAUUAUUGUUGUUUUGCUGUUUAGAAUAACAUAUAUGUAUGUUAGAAAAAAUGGUAGCUGUCAUGAACAUAUGUCUUGCAGACCUACAUCAACAGACAUGCUAACUUUUUACAUUUACAUCCUGUAUAUUGUAUACAUACGUUUGAGUUGUGAUUUAUGUAAAGUGGUUUGAGCAAUGCUUGGCUGUUUAUCCUGCGCAGUGGGUAAUAUGAUCCUGUGGGGUUGAAGGUUGCAUGACGAGGUGAUUUGUCCAGUGAAAUGGGUAGCUCAUUGUUCAACAUGCAGACGUUGUAUUGUUCAGAAAGACCUUUCACCGACAACUCAACUUCAACCGUCAAGAGAUAUUUGUGGGUGUACCUCGCAGUAGCUUGACUAGCUCAGUGUUUAUACAGCCUUUAAUGGUGUGGAAGUUGGUUAAAUAUAAAUGAAUUAUUUUCGAGGUAACUAUUUACUCUAGUUGGGUGUUGUCUUUACAGUCUCUUGUUAGCACAGAUGUUGGUCAUCACUUAUUGACAUGACGCUUUGACACUAUAAUAUAUGUCUGUGUCUCCAGGUUUAAACAGGUCUAGACUUGAAUUAGUUUGCAUUCACUGCAAGUGCAGCCUGACGAAGCCAGCUAUAUUCCUGAAUGCAAAAUCUUUAUUCGUAGACAGUGUUGGCAAUGUCAUGCGUGUCACUUCAUCCUGACACAGAAGCUUAUCCACCACAAUAUCUUGUCAAUUGUUGUAUAUUUAGAUUUGCCUAAAACUGAUCUUGUUUUCUCUCUCUGCCCGUUUGCUCUCUUCUGUAGCUCUGGGCUCCGGUGUUGGUGCCCCUCUUGCGGUGGUUGAAUUCAUGAGCCCGCUCGGUGACAGCCGCGCAUAGUCCUCUGGGAUGGGGACUGGCGUACAGGAACAACGGGCAACACUCACGCAGGGAGAAGGGAGCUAUGAGGGCCUCAAGCACACUCGGUCUGUCCUCAACUCGCUCUUCUCUGGGGCUUUAGCAGGGGCUUUGGCCAAGACAGCUGUCGCCCCAUUGGACAGGACUAAAAUCAUCUUCCAAGUGUCUUCAGCAAGAUUCUCUGCCAAGGAAGCCUACAGGUUGAUCUACCGCACCUACCUGAAGAAUGGCUUCCUCAGUCUGUGGAGGGGCAACUCUGCCACCAUGGUGCGAGUCAUCCCAUACGCCGCCAUCCAGUUCUGUGCACACGAGCAGUACAAGGGACUGUUAGGAGGCUACUAUGGCUUUCAGGGGAACGUCCUUCCUCCAGUACCACGGUUAUUGGCUGGGUCCAUGGCGGGUGCCACGGCAGCCAUGGUGACCUAUCCUCUGGACAUGGUGCGAGCUCGGAUGGCUGUAACACCAAAGGAAAUGUACAGCAACAUCAUGCACGUGUUUGUGCGGAUAUCCCGAGAAGAGGGCCUGAAGACGUUGUUUCGAGGCUUUACUCCCACCAUGCUGGGUGUUAUUCCCUAUGCUGGUCUCAGCUUCUUUACCUAUGAAACACUGAAGAAAUUACAUUUCGAGCGCAGCGGGCGCCCCCAGCCCUACUCGUAUGAACGUCUGGCGUUUGGAGCCUGUGCGGGACUUCUUGGCCAGUCGGCGUCUUAUCCUCUGGACGUGGUGCGACGUCGUAUGCAGACUGCAGGAGUCACAGGUCACACGUACGGCACCAUCCUGGGCACCAUGAAGGACAUUGUAGCUGAGGAAGGGGUCAUCCGUGGACUCUACAAAGGUCUCAGUAUGAACUGGGUCAAAGGGCCCAUUGCUGUGGGGAUCAGCUUCACCACCUUUGACAUGACGCAGAUUCUCUUGAGGAAACUGCAUCAGUUACGGCUCGGUAACAGCGACACAGAGAGAGGGAAACGGGGAUAGCGGGGCGACGAGUUCCCCUUCCACCCUCCGAACAGAAAAGGAGAGAGGAACAAUUCUGUGUUGCUGGAUGAAAGCAAACACACACAGCCUCAGGAUGCGGGAUGUUGAUGUGUUCUUUGGCUCUGUCGGUGUGCAGCGGGAGGUGCAGUCCCUGUGGGCGUGAGGUAUAUUGGAUGGUACAGAAUACCUGUACACACUGUUGUCAUGUACAGCUCAGUGCAAUAUACUCUGAUUUUCUGUGUGGUUGUGUGCACACGUAAUUUAUAACGCAUUUCCCCUCGUGGACCAGGCCUGUGAGGGUCAGUCAGGGAGUUUAGAGGUCCGUACCCACUCGGGUGUCUCCUGCCUCGUGUGUCGGCUUCAAACGGACACCUUCUAGUGUAAAGCAGGAGGCCACUCAUUUCUAAGUUACCUUUUAGGAUGCAUUUGUUUGAAUAACCCCAUUGAGAUUAGUUUAGUCACGAGUGAGUUUAUUAUUGACUGGAGAAAUUAUUCCAAAAUUUUGAAUAUGAGCGUGUUGCCGUUUCUAUGAUAUUAGUGGUGUUUGUAUAUAAAAGCACAUAAAUUCUCAGAGUACGACUUUGGAGCAAACAUCUUGUCUAGCACAUUGUUUUGUUCAGAUUGAAUAUAUUGAAAUCAUUAGGAGUCCAGUAUCUAUAAGUGGAGCUCCUGAAGAUUGAAUUCACAGCCUUUUAUUUGUAGUUCAGUUCCAGUGAGGACUGCAGACUAUUGCACUAGAUUAUAUGCCAGUGCCAACAUACAUGAAGGACAAAGAGCGCUCAGAUAAUUUAGUUUGUCUUCGCUGUGAAGAUAAUCAGCCUUUUGAAAACAAGUGUAAUUUGCGAAGGCAAGUUUAGUUGUUUGUGUGUCGAUACAUGCAGACCGAUAUGUCUACGAGACGUGAGGACUAGUUGAAAAAUAACCUCUUUGGACAUGCGGUGCCAUGAUAUACACAUAAAGCAAGUCGAUGGGCCUUUUUCCAAAUUUGGGAUCGUAGACACUGAUUUGACGUUGUGUGAGAGGUGUCGCUAUAUCUCUGGUAAUCUCAGAACUAUUUUGGUUUGGAUUUAAAUAUUGAAAAGAGUUUAUUAUUUUCUGUCUACCUCCAGUAAGUCCCUGGUCAUGAACGAAGACGGACACGUAUACGUCUUUAAAUGUUGUCUUCCAUUUGCUGUUGUUUUGGGAGCAUUAAAACAUUGUCGAGCUGUGCCGGUAUUCACUCAUGAAUUAGCUGCACUGGACAUAUGCACACACACCUCAAGAAGAAACCGCUUCAGUUCUCGGCUCCAGGCGUGACUCUUUCUAUUUCAGUAUUCUCAGUGUUCUGUUUAUCUCGGCACACAAUGAAACGUUCACGAUGUUCUUUCAUGUCAAGCUUCAUGUGGAGAUGUGUCAAAAACGGGACUGACCGCUCAGUUUGUAUUUGACUGUCUGAGACGGUUUGGGGAGUCUUGACACAGGGGGCGCCCAGUCAUUGAAGAGUGUCAAUAGUUUCUAUUCCUAGACCACAUACCGAGGGAGGAGGGUGAGCUGAGGGAGCAGCUGGGUGCAGAGUGCAGGACGUUGUCCUGUCCUUGUAUGUGUAAGGAUAUACAUUGAAACUCAAGUAUUGGUAUUUAAAUGUGUAUGUUUCACUGUGCGGCCCACUGAUAUGUUGGCACUCACACUUGAUCAAUCAUCUGACAAAUUGUCAUAGUUUUCGUAAUGUCUUAACAUUGAUAAUUUACUACAUCUACUGACCAGCAGGCAGACGACCCACAAGCUUCACUGCUGUAGAAAAGCAACAGUUGGAGUUUGAGAAUCUAAUCCACGAAUGUUUUGUGAGAUCACUACUUAAAACCAAAUUGAGUAAUUGUUUUCCCUUUCACUAAUCAAAUAGUUGCUACUUGUCGGCUCUGAGGAAAACAAUCCUGUUGUGUUUGUGACGUCGGCGGCAACAAUAAUAGCCUACAAGUUGUCUAUUGCCACUUUAAUAUCAACCUUUUUUUCCAUUUAACAAGAGGCCACAUUUCUCAAAUGUCAAAUAUUCCUAAACACAAGCAGCAUAAAAAUGUCCAACACUGGCAUUUCAUCUGCGUAAAGCUUUGGGUCGGUACCAAAGAAAUUAUUGAGAUUCGAUGCCCAGCCGUCUGGAACGGCUGCUUCACUUUGCCCUCAUUCGGUCAAGUCACCCCUCCCCCGACCUGCCUGUCUGACCAGCACCAUUGCACCCGUCAGUUCAUGGAUGUUGUGAUUGUUUCCGUCAUUGUUCAGUAAAUCCGCGCUGUUCAAAUGAGCAGGUCUGUUCAACCCUGAGAUGAAGACACUUGGUGUUCAUCCUCAGAAAGAGAGCGGACUUAAACUCGGGGUUCGUGACACCGGAAAACAAAGUUUCCCAUCUCAGGCUUCAUCAACUCAGAGUUCGUGUUUAGCCUCAGAGUUUGUUAAACCUGUUUCCUGAAAUGGGACCCAGGAGUAGGAGCGCCCUCGGGGCCGACACAAACAGACUCUAAGCAAACACUGGUGAUGCGUUCAGGCUCACAGUGUCGUCUGUUCAUAUCGGGGUGUUCUCGCUGUCCCUGAAGCGUGCACCAAUGCUGUGAUGUAGAACAGCAGCUGAACGCUGAAUGACGGGUCGCUCCUGAAUCUCAAGUGCCUAGCAAAGAAUGUUUGUACUGUGAGCUGCUUACCGACCCUUUUGAAGGUUGCUUCCAUUGUCUAGCCUUUGCUUUGGUUGUGAAGUUACACAUAUACGGUGCAGACGAUGGUGUGAGCAUUGUUAGACCUCUGACUGGAUGUAUUACUCAAGGUCCAGUUUUUCUGUGAAUUUUGUAAAACGUAUAAACUGCUCGGCCGUGUUCUGCCGUCUCGGGAGAGCUGCGUGAACCGCGGCUCCCUCGCAGACUCCAACCAUCCAUUCCAACCAGUCUAAGUAUUUUUUUACCCUGAUUCCGAUUGGAUGAGCAUUGUAAUGUCAUCAUCUCCCUGAAGAUCAAGUGAAGUAUGUUAAUGCUGUGAUAAGGAAAGUAACAACAGGCUGCUUAAAAAAAAACAGACAAUCAUGAAAUGCCAAAAAAAGUUUUAAUUUAGCAAGAAAUUAAGUGGCCUACUGAUGAAGAAUACUAAAUCACUCCAACUAAAAAGUUUUGGAAACAAAAUGGGAUGAAAAAAACAAGUGCUCUUGUAGAAGCACAUGUGAUUGUUUUGGCCCUGUGUGGGUAAUCCUACGUGCUGCACGUCCAGCAGGUCGUUUUGUUUCAGUGCAGCAGCGAUAAGACGCUGUGUUGUGGUUUGUGCCAACUGAAUGUAAACCGAGCUACUAAUACCACACCCUGGGUUUAUUCUGUAUGUAUCUGUAGGACAUUUUGAAAUAUACAAUUCCAUCAUAAAAGUGGAUGUUAACAACA